CUGCUGAUAAAAAUCGCGCAAAUGCGUAAGGAAAAGUCUUCGUCCUAUACACAAUAAUGUUCACCUCAAUUUGCCCUUCAUGAUUUUUCAGAAGACAUUUCGUCCUUUCUCCGUCAAGCAAAGGCAGAUGCAACAAGUGGUGACGAAAGCGUAGAAAAGUUAUUGGGAAAUUCAUUUUUCCGUAGGAGAAUUUUGAAAAUUCCUUCAAUUUUCCGUCAUAUUAAGACAUUUCAAAAACUUUUUUUUUCUAAGAUAAUAAAUAUUACUGCUAGUGGCUGCGAUGACAUGUCGUAAUUUUCUUAUGUAUCUGAGUGAAUAUUAACGUUCUUUAACCUAAGCUAAAUCAUGUAUUCGAUUUCCGUUUCAUUCACUCUCCCUAAUCUCUUUGUCUUCUUCGUUGUUAUCAUCCGAAAGAACACAAUGAAUAAAGAUGGUGGACCUGGACCUACAAAUCCAAUGCUAUAUGAUCCUAUACCAGAAGGGACUAUUCAAACAACGAAGAUCAUGCAAUUCCUUGGUGCUUCAGCAGUUUCAUUUGCUGCUGUCAGCGCCGGUACCGCUCUCGCAUGGACAUCGCCAUUCGAAUCCCAAGUGAAUGAAAAUUCUACAAUUUCAGUAACCCCAGAUCAAAAGUCUUGGAUUGGAGCUUACUUAGCUGUAGGCGCCUUCAUUGGUGCUCUUCCUGCGGGAAUUUUAGCUGAAAGAAUUGGAAGACGUUGGGCUUCUAUCGUCAUAGGAAUUCCAUAUUUGAUAAGCUGGGCGAUUAUUGCUAUGGCAUCUUCAGUUACUAUGAUUUACAUUGGAAGAAUAUUCUCCGGCAUUGCUACAGGUGCAAGUUGUGUCGUUGCACCAAUGUUCAUCUCAGAAAUAGCUGAAACAUCGCUACGAGGUGCACUUGGUGCAUUCUUUCAACUUUUUCUGACGAUUGGAAUUCUUUUCAUUUACUUGUUUGGAGCGAUAGUUGAUUGGGUUACACUCACAUGGAUUGUUAUGAUAUUCCCCAUUCUACUCAUCGUUUCAGUCUUCUUCAUUCCUGACAGUCCUAUUUAUCUUGUCAAGCAGGGUUCUCGACACGAUGCCACAGCAGCUUUAAAAAAAUUUUGGGGUAAACAAUGUGAUACACAACAAGCACUCGCCAACAUUCAAGCUGAUCUAGAUGCAAUUUCUGGCGAUGCUAAACUAUCUGAUUUGUUUACUGUGCGUCCUAAUUUGAUGGGGUUGAUAAUCUCGCUUGGUCUAAUGUUUUUCCAACAAUUUUCUGGAAUCAACGCUGUUAUCUUCUAUACCCAAGGAAUUUUUGAAACAGCUGGCAGCACUUUAGAUCCAAAAAUUUGUGCAAUCAUUGUUGGUGUAGUUCAAGUUAUAAUGACUGUCGGGUCAGCUUUGUUGAUUGAAAAAGCAGGCCGAAGAAUUCUUCUUCUCCAAUCAAGUGUCAUCAUGGGCCUUUGUUUAGUCGCAAUAGGCGUUUACUUUACACUUAAAGAUGUUGUGGAGUUAGAUGUUACAGAUAUUUCCUUCCUGCCAUUAGCUAGCGUUGUUCUGUUCAUCGUUAGUUUUUCUCUUGGAUUCGGUCCCAUUCCAUGGAUGAUGAUGGGUGAACUUUUUGCGAAUGACGUUAAAGGCGUCGCAUCUGCAAUUGCUGUCAUGUUCAAUUGGACAUUGGUGUUCGUCAUUACAAAGACUUUUGGACUCAUGAAAGAAUCAUGGGGGAAUGAUAUAACAUUCUAUUUCUUUGCAACAUUCAUGUUGAUUGGAACGGUUUUCAUCUUUGUUAUUGUGCCAGAAACAAAAGGAAAGUCAAAUGCUCAGAUUCAAGCAAUUCUCGCUGGAAAGCGUUAAAGUGAAUUUUUUCAAUGUUUACAAAUCAACGCAACAUUCACAGCAUGACGAGUCGUCAUAUAAUUUUCAUCACAUGAUUUUUUGUGUUCCAAUCUAUGAAAAGAAAAAUAUUUUAAAAAGAAUGAUUUAAAACAUGUACGUAAACUGAUCAGGUUAUCAGUCUUUUAUUUUUAAUGAUGUUGUCCUUAACUUGCUUCACUAUUUGCUAUGCAGUUCAAUUCAGUCUGUCAGCCAAGUCAUGUUGAACGAUUGCAAACUUCACGUGAAGUUCGAAAGAUUUUUUUUUUAAGUUUAUAAAUUAUGUUUUAGUUUAGACUUCAAUUAUUUUAGAUAAUAACAAGAAACAGGAAAACAGUUUGUUUUCCUUAUUUCCCUCAAUUUUAAUUUAUUUAAUAUUCGUGAAUGUCUUUAAUUCUGACUAAAGUUUUGACUUGAAACACUGAAAAGAUUUUAAAAAGAAUGUUAAUUGGACAAAUAAUUUAAGCAAUCGGAGCUACAUAUUUAGACUGUAAUGAUGUAAGCAAGGAUGUAAGGUAUUAUCUAUGUUAGCUUUUAAAAGCUACAAAAUUGUUUUAAAAUUCAACGAAUAAAAUGUUCAAAAGAGAUCCUUACUUUUUAGUCUGUGUUGUUAACAACUUUAACCAAAACUUAUAAGAUAAAUUGAAAUUCAUAUCAUAAAGAAAAUAAAUUAUUUGACCAUUAUUGAGAAGAACUUAUCUACAAUAAAAAAGAAGUAAUUUAUGUAUAUUCUUGUCUUCUUAUAUCAAAUAAUCUGAGACGGUAAAGUUUCCUAGGAAAAAAGCUCAAACAGUCACAUGGAAUUCUUUUUCUAUUGAUUGUCAUUUGCACAAUCCUACAAACAUACUUUUAUCGGUCCUUAGUUUUAAAAUGCUUUUGAUUGUUGUCAACUGUUGUACAGAAACAUAAUAGAGAAAUAAAUUAAAUUCAGUUAUAAGCAAAAG